AUGGGGCAGGGGAGGCUUUUCCUGGAUGACACCAAAGUCAAGAACUUCAUCACCUGCUUCAAAGACGUAGGGUUCCUCACCUUCUUCUUCAAGCGGCUGGAGCCAAACCGGAGCGGGCGUUACGAGGCCGAAUUCCCUUUCCUCUCGCUCUGCGGCAGGGAGCGGAAUUUCCUCCGUUGCGACGAUCGUCCCGUCGUCUUCACCCAACUCCUGCCGGGUUCCGGCGAGAGCCGGCUCCUCUCCUACUGCGGCGGCGGCGAGCGCCUGGCCGUGCCGUUCCAACCGGAGAGUUUGGUGAUGUUGCCGGAAAACGGGCGGCUCUAUCACCCGGCGCCGGCGAAGGCGGGCGGCGUGGGUUUGGUACGCUCGGCGCUGGCUUUCGAGUGGAGUCCCUGCUUCGAGUACGGGCGGGGGCCGGCGCAAGCCCCCACUCAUUUUGUCUGGGAAGGCCGGCGCUACCAGCUCACCGAGGAAUUGCUGCCGUUGCUCCGCGCCGGCGGAGCGAGCUCGGCCGGGGAAUCCUCGUGUCAGGGCUGAGCCGGGGAACCCCCCAGUCCCGUCCCCCCCCAACCCUCCCCAUCACCCCCACGCCAAUGGGAAAAGGGGUGAGCACCGGCUCACCGCGGCAGGAUGGGUGCCACCGCGGCGGCCGGGAACCCCGUUAGUCUAUGGAAAAAAAAACCCAAACAAACAAA